GUCGAAUCAGUUCCUAAUGAAUUGGUUGAAUAUCGCAUAGCUGGUACGGAAUUACGGGACAUUGACCUUUACGGGAAUUACUUUUUCACUCUGCCAAUGUUACCUUCUUCAGUGAAUAAAAUAAGGUUAUCAGUAUGUGGUGAUGAAGAUGUAUAUGACUUGAUUCAUCGUCUUGAAUCUCUGCCGGAACUAUCCGAAAUUCAUUUGCAGUUAUCAUGCCGCGAUCCUAGUAAUGUUUCGCUUUCGAGGAUAACCGAUACGGUUUUUUGCCAUCUUACUCAGUGCCUUCCCAAUCUAAAACAUCUGGCUCUUGAUGUAAAACAUAUCAAUAACAAAAUGCUUAGACUUUUCUUUAUUGGCGGUAAUAGAGCGCUUGGUUCCCACCUUAUGUCCUUGAAGCUGUGCCGAUUGCAAAUUACAUAUAGAGCUUUAUUUGCUAUUGCCCGUGGCGCACGAUCAGUUAUGGAUCUCGAAACUUCUCAUAUGCCUUGUGUGGAUGAUCGCUUCUUAGUUUUGCUUGCCGAUAACUGUCGCUGUCUUCAUAAAGUCAAUUUUAAUGGCUGUAGAUUUGUUAGCGAUAAAGGACUUGCAUCGCUAGCCCGGAAAUGUAGCUUGAAAGAAGUUCGUAUACGCGGCACGUCAUGUACGGACAAAUCGAUUUAUCUUCUUGCACAAUUCUGUCCUGAACUCGAAUGGAUAUCUCAUGCCGAUUUUAGUGGUAGACCGAAAUUCAGUGAUCAAGCUUUGCAAUGUCUUAAAGAUUCCUGUACGUACCGCGUUAUUUGUUGA